GUUCUAUGUCCAGCUGUCUCUUGCCUGAGACACAAGACUGCAUGUUACGACUUCCCACUAAUAGUGGAUCCUCCGUGUGCCGCUACAGAGAUGCUUCUGCCUACCAUGUUUACACUCGGGGUGUCCUCUGACGUCACAUGUCACAGUGAAAUAACUGGGACCAGCUUAAGACAGAAGGGAGUAGAGGAAAUCAGACGUUGCUGUCAACAGCGCGAGAAUGAUAACUUGAGAGAUUACUGCCUCCCUGCUAUGAAGAACCAACUCCCGGAUCACUACUACCUGAACUUUGUGAACAUGUGCACGGCCACUACAAAAUGUCAGUUGUCUUGGGUGCAGCACACUGCUGGUGAAGACUACGUAACAUUCAAGUUUGAAUGUGUGCACAAGGACACGGUGCUGCACAUCCAACAUGAUUCUACACACACAGGGCAGGAGGUGUACCUGUACAACGACCAACAUGACGGGGAGGCCCAUGCUAACUGUCUAGCAUACUCUCAUGGGUGUGACUCCCAUGUCAUAAUACAACUUGCUGCAACCCGAGUUGUGUCUGCCGCCUGCAGUGUGGACUUCACUGAUGGGGAUGUGUCAACCAGGUUGGACUGUAAGAACCCACCUGCAUCAAGAAACUGUUCCAGCGCAAUGUUUGAGAGCAAGUCGAACUAUGUUAACAUGUCAAUACUUAUGACAGUCGAUCCUGGACGUCAAGAAAAAGAGUUUCUGUGGUUGCGGGCGAAAGCGGAUACAGGGAAAAAUGUUACCGUCGUCUGUGGAGCCAACAUACCUUCAGAUGUGUCACUGAACUGCCCAACUGGAUCAACUACUACGACAUCAACUACUUCAACGUCUGCAUCCACUACUUCAACUUCUGCAUCCGCUACUACGACAUCAACUACUUCAACUACAACUACUGAUGUUUCUAAUACCAUUUCCACUACCACUACACAGACAGUGACCUGGAAUAAUGCCUCCAGCAAACACACACCAGUAGCGGUAACAUCAUCAGCUGGUGAGCCAUGCAACACACUACCCAUAGCACUGGGCGUAUCCGUGGCUGUUCUGAUCGUUGGCUUUGUUUCAGGUUGGAUAAUGUCGAGGUGUUUCUAUCAACGGAAGACAAGGAAGAAUGGUGCAGAUGUUUACAACACGACCUCAACUAUGGAAGAAGAACAUACAUACAGUACAGUCCGACCUACCAGCGCGCCAACAUAUGCUAACACCUCCUAUGAAUAUCACAAUCAAUAA